AAAUAGUCCUGAUUAGGGUGGUAGCAGCAGGUGCCGAUUUAGGGUGCAGGCACACUGUGUCUGAAACAAAAAAUGGUGAUGGAAAUGCAGCAGGUGCUGCGUUUGAUCAUGCAAAUGGCAAAGCAAAGGCAACAGCUGGGCUUAAGGACUGCAGGAGGCCUUUUGGUACUUCUGUGGACUGACACAGGCGCUUCUACGCAAAAGAUAAACUGCACCGUUGCAGCGGCUGGCCCCUGGUGCACAGGGAUUCAAAUAGAAGCCCUCCAACUUGUCCUUGCAGAUUUGAAAGACAGCAUGUUUCCCUGUGUGUGGCCACAUCAUGAGCCUGACCCCGAGGAGCUGAGUGCCUUUACAGAUCUGUAUGGUUCCCUCAGAUUGCUUCUGUCUUUUCAGGUAAAAGACACAAGCCAUUGCUCUUCAGAAUGGCAAGCUCGUAUAGAGGCAUUCCUCCGCACGUUCACUGUGGCUAAUGCCGGGAUACAAAUCCAUCUCAAAUUCAAAAUCAAACAGCAGACCUCACAGCGAGAAUUUAGGGUCAAGUUCAAGAGAAAAGUUGCGCUAGCAGACCUGCUGUUGACCUUGGACGUCGCCUGUUCUGCACCGCCUCUGUGGUGCGUGAAGAAAGGAUGCUGGUGUGAGAGAGGGCACCCUGCUUUUGGAGGCAGGUUGCCGCUCAGCAUCCCACCACAAGCCAUGGACCAAGGCCUGCUCGGGGAUCUCAGUGUUCAGCUUGUUACACUCCUGAGCCCUUGUGUGCUGCCGUACCCGAAUGUAGCAACGGAACUUACUCGCAUACAAGUGUUGGUAUACAACACCAGUAACAUUCCUGUCACUGGCCCCUCUGGCUUCUUCCAAACACUUCCUGCAGCUCUGGACUGUCAGGAGAUGGGGCUCGAUAGAAUUUACUGCUCCACUUUCAAAGAUCUUGUGUACAGCGGCGGUACUGUGUACACUGUAGAGAAAGACAGCUGGGAUAAUCCAGAGCAAGAAUCAAGCCUUCCCACAGUGCAGCAGAGUCUCCUGCUUUUCUUCUUCUUACAGCACAGUGACCCCUUCACCUCCCAGCUCACUGAUCUCAUGGCUACUGAGGUGUUGAUAGAGCACCACCUGGAGGACAUUCUGAACAAGAACAGACAGGCUGUCACAGCAGCCCUGCAGGCUGAACUGAGGAACACACUCAAAGUUCAACAUCAUAGAAAAAAGCAACAAGAGAAGCUACAUGCAGCUGCUGAGGUGAUUCUCAGUUCAUCCAUCAGCAUCGUGAGCAGCAGCAGUAGCAUGGACUUCAGAAAUGCCUGUCUAAACUGCAUGAAGGUACAUGACACUCGUGAAUUGGGAGCCUCCCUUCGUGAAUCACUGUGGAGAGUGAUGUCAUGGAAAUUCAUUCCCAGGGCCAGGUGUUUUUCUGCUAAGAUGGAAGUACAUCCUGAGAACGAUGAUCCCACCACAGCAGAAAUCUGAGAAUGGCUGUUUGUCUUAAAAGUUUUGUUCUUGUUAAAUGUUGCAGAGGCAGCAGGAAAAGGACUGAAUAUGUUUGAAAUGUAAAGUGCACCAAUUUUGAAUAUAGUAAAUUUGCUGCCAAUAGCAACAUCUGUUUAACCCAUAAUUUAAAAAGCACAUUGUUGUUGUUAUAGCUUAGUUACACCAGUUUAUUUUUUUUAACAAUAUUCCAAGACUCAAAUUGAACUCAGUGGUUUCUUUUCAACUUUAUACCCGUA